AUGGCUUGGAUUCCCACUCAGCACUUCCUCCACGGAAGAAUCAUCAAGCCAUUCUUACCUUUCGACAAGCAUCCGAGCUUGAAGAACGAUAACUUCAAGAACUUGUAUCCUGGUGAUGAAGUGUAUGUUUUUGAGACUAAGGACAACAGAUGGGCGCGUGGUUAUUCGCUCACCAGACCAUUUCCUUAUGAUUUCACCAUUACUUCCGUCAACUUGGACGACUUGCCUGGGCUUAACAUCAAGGUGGUGGUUUUCCCCUUGAAGUACGUGGAAGUGGUUGAGACGCUUCCUCUUAACUUGAUGGAGGUGUCCAAUUCCAUCAACAACGUGAAUGACAUCGAAGGUAUUGCUCCCACUUUGAAGGAGCUGGAGUUCACAUUCCAGAAUGCCGUCAACGGUGUGGUGGAUGUCCCAGAUGAAAGAGAGCAUAAUAGCGACAAAGCGGUAAUCCCUCCUUUGCCAUUCAACUCCUUCACUUUCACGAAGGACUUGGUCAGUGAGAUCACCUACGCUAUGAAUUUGUUGACCUCUCACAUCUUUGCGUUGUACUCGAUUGGAGAAUUCCGGUUGUUCAACAGGCUCUCGCAAAUCUACACCGAUUUGGACGAGAUUAGAAUCACCUUGACCCACACUCGGUUGACCAGAAACGAGGUUCAGGUAUCCAAGGAAACUGCAACAUACUUGUUAUCUCAAAUUCCAAAGAAGUUGGCCUCCAGAGCUGCUAGAUUGAACGACCAAUCCUACGAUUUGGAUCACAAGAACACUGAUAUCUCGGCUUAUAAGGCCAUUUUGGCUCGUGAUACCUUCGAUGGCUCCUUAUUGAACUUUGAGAAUGCUCUGCCUUCUCAGUUGGCUUUCAAUCAGCAAUUGUGUGCCUUAUCUCCCAAAUUUCCGAUCAAUGCUCACUACCAUGCUGAAGACUACAUUUUGAAGCCUUCGUUGAACAAACGUCUUAAGCACGAUCCUCCAUCCCACAUUUUGGUGGACUUCAAGUCUGUAAGUGGCUCCUCCAACUACCAACCUCCGGGCUUCGCAGGAAUGAUUGCUUAUUUGUAUAUCAGAAACAGCAAGAAGAGAUUGACAGAGGCGUUCGCUGUGCAUACCGAUACUGUGGAUGAGCUUGUCUUUGUUGAGAAGAUUUCUGCCGCCUUGUUUAGAAAUAUCCCAGCCAGUGAGGUUGAGAACAACAGGGUGUACUUGGUUGCAGUUUUAACCGAGGAAAUCGACUUGUCUGCCAAGGAGGGCAACAUGCCUCAAACUAAAAGAGUCAAGAAAGGUGUUGCAGCUGGUGUGGCUGACAUCACCAGAAUUUUCUCUAGAAACCAAGGCUCUUUGGCCACUGGCGAACCUCACCAAUUCUCGAUCAAAUUGUUUGGCUCUUACACCAGCCUGCUGAAGAAAGGACCUAUUGACCCCAACCAAAUCGAGAAUAAUGGAUGGGGUGAAGUUGUUGACAGAAUCAUUGUUGGUUCUAACCACGGCAUUGCUAUCAAUCCAAGAGCCGAAAAGUUGGUUAUCACAGUCAAGGAGUUUAAGCACCAGCUUACUAGUACCGAAGAUGACAAUAUUACUGAGGCUUCUAACGACGCUAAUGCUACCCAGAAGUCAGCUCCAAUUGCCAAGAUCAAGCCUAUCUUUUUCGAUCCUUUGGCAGAGAAUUAUGAGCGUAUUUACUUGAAGAUGGGUAAAGUCAAUUUGCUCAACAGUGUCAACAAGGAAGAUUUAUUGACAUUUGAGGUAAGUGCACCGAACAAUCCAUUGAUCACUUUCGCCAAAGCAUCGAACCAGAUCGAGAAGCUGACUUGGUUUUUCGUGUCGGUAUUCCCAGAUGAAGUCAUUGGUGAAAUCGUCAAGGUCAAUGGUGUCUCCAACAAGAGCACCACCAAGAAGAUUCCAAAGCAGGAUUCCCUUUUGUUGACUUUGUACAUCAAUGGUGUGAUGGCCGGUCAAGGUGAGGUCAUGUACAAGUCCGGCAACAGAUUGGUGGAAUUCAACAAUAAACCUUUCUACAAGACUGACAUCUUGUCCACUACAUUGAACACUCCAAUUGCCCAAGUUGAUAUCCACACCGAAUACAUUGGUAAAGUGUUCAAUACCGAGGUCUGCAUCGACAAUAUUUUCCAAUAUGACAGAUUCUUCAAGAGUGGCCAGCAAGGAAUGGAUGAGCUUAGCAAGUCUUUGAUUGAUUUCUGUAAGUUGGACAUUUCGCAGUUGGUGAGGUUCUUCCCAGAGUUGUUAAGCUCUAUCUUUGCUAUUGCUGAUGUUUGCUUGCAAAACCCUAGUGUUCCAAGUUAUGAAAUGAUCUUGGACAAUACAUUCAAAGCUGUGGUUCAUUUGCUUGAUACUGUGUUCGGAAAACAAGACCAGUACUUGUAUAUGUUUGACACUUUCCUCGAGGAGUACAACAAGUCUCCAGCAGUGGGAGUGUUAUUAUUGAAUAAGAUCUCGGAGAUAUUCGCCCAAGCACAGUCAAACUGGAACUCCAUGUCGAGGUCCGUCUGUCGUGUCAUUGUCUUGCUUAUCAAGCUUGCUCUUGAUCCAGCAAAAGUGGCAUCCAACUUGGACGCAUAUGUGAGAGCAUUGACGUCCUUAUUCAAGUCAGCAUCCUUGUUGAUCUCCAUUGAAUCGCCCGCACUCAUCAAUGACCAAAUUUUGGUUAUGGAGAUCGUGGACUUUGUUCUUGACUUCGAAGAUUACUUGAACGAACAACAAUUGAUUUCUUUGGUUCUCUCUUUCAUCGACUCCAUCGGAAAUAGGGGAUUGGGAGUGAACGAGGAGCAGUACCAAUUGAAGAAAUUAGGCCCAGUUGCAAAAGAUCACAAGAUCAUCAUUACCAAAUUGUUGUUGGUGUACAGAUUGUUCGGUACCAAAUUGGCCCAAAAGCCCGAAAACAUGCAUUUGGUUGUAUCUAAGAGUGUCCUCUGGUGUAUGGAAAUUUUCUUGGGAGAACUUGAUGUUGAUGCCACCAGAUUAGCUUGUUCGAUCAUGAACUGUGUUUGCGAUUUGAUGUGGAGGAACAGAGAUGUCGAAUCAGUUAGACCGAUUUCCUUUUCCUUAACCAAAUUUAUUAUGGCCAUGUCCAGAACUUUCAUCAAGUACAACAAGUUCACCAGAGGAAAUGACUACUUCAAACCUAGAAAGUCGUUCACAAAAUUGUUUCAGAAGGAGUACCCAUUCAAUGAAAUCGUGGUGGAUUCUGUUGUUGGUGAAGAAGUUGUUGUAGAGGUUCUUGUUGAGUUGGCUACGAUUUUCGUCUACAUUGCCAAGAUCGGCCAGUAUGUGACCGGAGUCAAUGGACUCUAUUUGAUCAAUGAGACAAGAAUUGAGAAUGAUUUCUUUGAUCCUGUGAAGUGUACCUCGAACAAUGGUCUCAAUGAGGAUAUUCUCACUGUUUUGUCCGGAAUUCAGAUCAUGAGACUCGGCAAGUAUUUCCCAGAAGACAAAUGGCUUUCGCUUUACGCCAUGAUUGCGGAAGGUUGCUUGCUGGCUUUGGAGUUGGUGAGACCCUUGAUGAUCGCUCACUUCAUUCCAACCAUUGAACUGCCAGAGAUGUUUGACAGAUCUAUUUGGGGCAAUUUCUUCAAGGCCCUAAUGAAACUUAGUGCUAUUGCCCCAGUGUCUGUGGAGCACCUAUCUACCAUUCCAAGAAAGGCUUGUCAUCAGAUUACUGGAACAAUGAGAGGAAGAAUUGCAUCAAUGGUGAAUGAGGCUUGGGAUGGCUUGGCUUGGAAUGCCACUGAAGAAGAUAUUGUUCGUUUCAAUUUGACAAAAUUUGGUGGAUUCCAAGUGGAGUUUAUUAGUUCUGACUUUGCUAUUUUGCAGGACUUGAUGCUUUUUGCUUUGCAAAGAGAUGUGGAUUGUCAAGCCGUGUCUGUCAAAAUGCUUUGGUCAAUUUUGGUGUCUGAAUUUAUUUUGAGUGAUUCUAUAAUCGACGUUGAACGUGAAUGUCUUGUGGGUUUGCAUGAAAUCUAUUACAGAACGGCCUACAAGCCAGGCAUCAACGAGCAGAACAGUUUGCUAGAAAGAAUGAAGGCAACAAUUAGAUUGGACAGAGAAGAUGUGGCUUACAGUACUGUGGUGAGAUUCAUCUCCAAUUUGGCCGGUUUCUUAGAAGUUUUGAAUGACUUGAAUAAUGUUCCCGUUGGACCUGAGUUCGAAGACGACAGAACUUUCCACAAGUUGAACAUCAAGGCAUACUUGAAGAAUGCCAACAAGCCCGAAUUGUUCCAUUCUUUUAUUAACCAGAUGUAUGAAGAGAACAUCAGAAAGAAUGACUUCAUUCAGGCUGCCUUGAGUUUGGAGUUGUUGGCCUCAACUUACACUUGGGACCAUCACACUGUCUUGCCUCAGUCUUACAGACCAAAGUUUCCAGCACAAUCAUCCUUCGAGCGUAAGGAAACAUUGGUGAAAAUGAUUGCUCAGAACUAUAUUAAGGGUAAUAGCUUGGAGAGAGCUACUGAUACUUACAACGAAUUACUUGAAGCUUACAAUGAGCACACUUACGACUUGAAGAGUUUUGCUUAUGUUCAUCAGAAAUUGGCCAAGCUUUACUUGGACUUGGAGUCAUCAGACAAGUUGAGUCCUUCGUUCUUUAGAGUGUCGUACAUUGGUGCUGGAUUCCCUGCCAAUAUCAGAGGAAAAGAGCAGAUUUUUGAAGGUCUUCCAUUUGAGCAUAUUACCUCUAUCCAUGAGCGUUUGUUGAAAUUGUACCCGGGUGCAAGAAUCAUUACCGAUGAUGAGCAAGCUCGUGAGAUUAGAGAAAAGAUCCAUACUGGAAGAUACUUGCAUGUAAAUUCUGUUGAGCCACUCAAUGAAUACAGUGACAAGUUGUUGAACACAUCUAUUGGUGUGAGACAAUAUGCUAGAAACAAGAACUUGAGAUUUUUCUCAUCAAUCAAGAAGAUCCCGGGUUCGACGUCUGUGUUUGACUUGUGGACUGAGGAAGUUACCUAUGAAACACAACUUUCUUUCCCUACUUUGAUGAACAGAAGUGACAUUAAGAGUAGUUCCAUGGUGCGUUUAUCUCCUCUUGACAAUGCCAUUAGAACUAUUCUUAACAAAAACAAUGAUUUGGUGCAAUUAGAGAGCAUGAUCAAUAUUGCUUACAAGGAGAAGUCUGAUUACACUUCAUUGAUGAACGAUUUGAGUAGACACCUCGCUGGAACAGUGGACGCUCCAGUAAACGGAGGUGUUGGACAGUACCGAACUUUUUUCUUGGAUCCAAGAUACGACGGAAAGGCCGACUAUGCCUACAACAUCCGGUUGCUCAGAAAUGCCUUCCACGAUUUAACUUGUGUUUUGAGCAGAUGUUUGCACUUACAUGGCAAAUUGGUACCAUCCAGUAUGAAGAUGUCGCACGAGGCAUUGGUUGAGUUGUUCAAGCAGAACUUUAAAGACGAAAUUCUGACAUUGAGAAUCAACACAGAUUACGAUCACAUUCCUUACAACCACAACAUGUCACAGACGAGCGUGCCUAAGGAAAGGAAGGUAAGCAGUGUUCUUAAUGGACUUUCUUCUACUUCCGGAUCUAACCAGAUCGGCAUUGCAGACUUGAGCACUCCAUCAAUUUCUGGUUCCAGCUUGCAGAGAACAUUGAGUCGGAAUUCUAAGGUCUCCAACAACUCCGGAUCUACCAACCUUUCCGAGCCUAGUGGACCUAUUGUGGCUAGUAUCACCAGUAUGGCAAGCAGCAAUGGCAGCAAUGUGAAAAACAAGCGGACUGCUUUGAACUGGAGAAAGGCCAUCCGUUAG